UGGGAGACAUCCCCACAUCCCUGAAAUUAUUAUUAGAUGCAAGGUCAUAGUCAUUCUUUUUUAGUGUACCUCCCAUUUAUUACCUUUGUCUUUUGCUUCCAUUCCUUCUCCAUCCACUAAAUGCUCUUUGCCUUGCUAGCUAGCUCCUCCCCCAUUAUCCUUUGUCACUGAAUUCGCAGCUCUUUCUCUUUCUAGCUACCACCCUCAUAGAAUUAGGGUUUCCCCAUGGACGGAUCAACAAACAAGUCUUCAAUGCUCACACCUUUCAUUUGCUAAGGCUACUUUUAUGUUGGAAGGACACAGAACAGCUUUUGAAAUAGAUCUUGCAAGGGAAAAAGGUACUUCCCUUUUUAUUCGUUUGAUCAAGAAACCUAGAUCACAAACAGUGAAAAAUGGCUUCAUCAUCAUCCAGCUCCUACAAUUCGCCCUGUGCCGCCUGUAAGUUCUUGAGGAGAAAAUGCACUCCCGGUUGCAUCUUUGCGCCCUACUUCCCACCAGAGGAACCCCAAAAAUUUGCCAAUGUUCACAAAAUCUUUGGUGCAAGCAAUGUGACAAAGCUCCUAAAUGAGCUUCUCCCCCACCAGAGAGAGGAUGCAGUGAACUCUCUGGCCUAUGAGGCUGAGGCACGUGUAAGGGACCCCGUUUAUGGCUGUGUUGGUGCUAUCUCAUUCCUUCAGAGACAAGUUCAAAGGCUCCAGAAGGAACUUGAUGCAGCCAAUUCUGAUUUGAUCCGGUUUGCUUGCAGUGAGAUUAAUCCAACGGCUGCUUUGCCUCCACCGCCAAUGAAUACUCCUCGGCCAAGAUCAAUUGAUCAUCAGUUUAGUAGAAGAAUUGGUAAUGAAGGAGGAGGGUUUUAUCAUCAGCAGCCUCCUGCUUUCCCUCUUCCUAAUUAUCCUCUUCCAUGGAAUGAUAGUCCUUCGGGGAACAUCAACGAUGGAGGGGAAGGCAGUAUGUGAAGAAUUGAAACUCCCUCGGUAUGGUAUAUUAUAUAUUAUGAUUUUCCCCUUAAUAAUUUAUUUGGUGGGUUUAGUGCUUAAUCAUUCUGUUAAAACAAAGAACUUAAUUAUUUUCAGUGUGAAACUUGGGACCUGAAUAAGGCUGUAGAACAUAGAGUACAGUGUGGCUAUUAAUUAGAUCUCUUGUUGUGUCAUUAGUGCAACUCAAGGCAUGCGCAU